AUGGCGAAUGCGGAUUCCGUUUCCAUUUCAAGUUUCCCACCGAAAGAGCUCGUAGUGGAUUGGGAACCUGACGAUCAGAUCGUGUUCAGUGGGGAUUUCCGGAGCUUCAUCAAAUCCGAACUGACCAUCAAGAAUCGUAGCCUUUGCUCGCUUCUUUUCAAGAUCAAGACCACCAGUCCAAACCGCUAUUUGGUGUCCCCCCACAAAGGAAGGAUUGAGCCGAAGAGAUAUAUGGUCAUUACCAUUACACUCCUCCCUUUCCUUUACAAACCCGAAAGGACUUAUGGGGAUAAAUUCUUGAUUCAGAUAUGCAAGGAAUCCUUACGUAACGAGCAAUGCGCCAAGCAUAACUUUUGGUCAAUGAUACCCGAACAUGAGGUGCUCCAAAAGAAGAUCCGCUGCAAUCUUCAAUUCUCGGUCGACUCUCCAACUGACUCGGAGGACGAAAACUUUCCCUUCAUGCCCGAUACUGCCACUGCCACGCCUGCAAUUCUCGUGUCUUUGCCGAAUGGGCGAAUUAUUAAUCCCUUUGACCAAGAACUGGCCUCAAGGCGCAAGGGAAUGAUUAAACCAUCGACACCCAUUCCGGCUCACCAAGAACAACCAGAGAACAUCAACCCCACGAUUCAGUCACAGGAGGUGCUCAUCAACGGAAAUCCACCACUUCAACAAUGCUUGGUUCAGACAAUCCAGGAGUCCAAUGCGCAGGAAUGGAAAGACUUUCUUAUGGUGGGAGUGGUAGUGGCUAUUUUUGCAUUAGGAAUAAUUUUGGGCAAAGGAUCUUAUCUUUUGGAUUUGUAA